AUGGUCAUAGCUGUAUGGACUAAUUCUAGCAGGGCAUUGUCUUGGAAGGGAACAAGGUGAUCUUCAUUACCAAGAUUGUCUUCAUCAUCAUUACUCACAUAUUCUAGGUGUUGUGCUACAGCAAAAUCAGUCUUAUUGUUGGGGUAAACAAGGAGGUGAGCCUUAGGAUCUAUGGGUCUAAUAAAACCAGCCUUUUCACCAAUUAAAUUUUGGAUGUCAUUAUAAAAUGAUUGCCUCCUUGUUAUGUAUUUCUGGGGGAUUUGCAUGUUUAGAUUAGAACACAAUUUCUUAUAGUGAACCCAGAUAUUUCCCAUAUCAUACACAUGACCAGAGUUUAACCCUGUUAGAAUAGCAGAACAAAGUAUAUCAAGGGAUUGGUCACUAUUCCUAGGAUCCACAGUUUUCAAAUUAGAUGUAGUAAUUGUUCUCUGGAAUUUAACCCAGCACUGUACAUGAUAUUUCCCCUCUGCAGCCACUAGGUCACAUACAUUUGCUAGUCUCACACGCAUAACAACAUCUUGUUUUGCCAUUGAUAAAAUUUUAUCUGACAGUGUCAUCGUCAUAACAUUUCUGAGGUUUUUGCCUUCACUUGUUUGACAAAACAUACAUAUUUCCCAUUUUAUGUUAUGCUCAUGUCUGCUGCGUGUGGAGGCCUUAUGUGCAACAGUAUUACUAUUUGAAGCUUCAUGGACUGUUUUUAUGCCCUCUUGUUUCUUCUCAAGCCUAUUUAGCAUGCCUAUAUGGGUGAACUUGCUAUAACAAGAACGAUGCCAUUUUAAAUCAUCUAAAUUUAUAUUUUCACCGGUACCAAUGGUAGCAAGUAUCCUUUCAAUAACACCUAGGGAACUUGUAUCAUUCAGAGAUUUUCUUUUUAGGGCAACCUCAACAACCUUGCUUUUCCCUUCCUCUGUUGCACUACUCAAGCCACUGCCUGCUGCAGUCUCACUGCCCUCGCAAAAGAAACACUUGGAAAUCUCUGAAUCUCUCUUAACCUUUUUAAGGACAGUUAUUGGAUCUAUUUUCGGAUAUAAAGGUCGUUUUGAGCUAGACUCAUAA